AUGUUCAGCACUGGAGUUGCUCUCGAUGGUCUCUUUACCUUCAAACAAGUCCAGCUUGUCGAUUACAUGGACGCGGAUUCUUCCUUUACUCUAAUGGACCCCGGUGCUUCUGCUAAGGCGUUCAACUGCAUGUGGUCGGAGUUCGCGUGCCGGCUUGGUUCUGGCAAUGCUCUAAACGCUGCCUGUUCGGGCGAUGUCUCGCUGGGGAAGGACAUAUCAUGUACCUCUACUGUGAAAGCGGGCUCCACUGGUCAAGUAGAUGCAGCGAUGAUCCAGAAAUCCCUCAACGAAGUGUGUGGCAGUUCAGGGCUGUUACAGGGGAAGUUGGAGAAGCCAACGGGAAAAUGCGAGGAGUGUGUCAAUGAGAGCCUCAGCUUCGGGUUGGCGGCGAUUGAACCCGCGGCUGUUCUGUGCGGCUGUCUUCAGAGCUUCACAGACUUCUUCCGAAAGUACGGAUCUCCUUGGUAUGGCGCGGCCCAGUGGCGUCUCCUGGGUUCCGCAACCUACUUGUUCAUAUCCCUCAUUAGCUACAUCAGCGUCAUGAUAAUGAUGGUGAAGUACUAUGGUGGAUGGCACUUCCAUAAGUGGUACGACGUCAAUGAUACGGAGACUCUUGCGGAGGAGUUGUAG